AUGAACAGUGUAGUGGCCAGACGUAUCGUCAACGCGUUAACUAGCCAGCUGUCUCGAACCAUAUAUAGUUCAUCUGGACGAGCAGCGUUGAGAAGAUCAUUUCGAGCUGUGGGCAAGCCAGUAUCAGUCGCAUUUCUUCAUACAUCGAGCACAUUGAGGCAACAGAAUUCCCAACAACCCAAACGUAAUGAUAAUAACAAUAAAAACAAGAAGGAAGAGGGAGAUCUCUUUGACUAUGUACGUGGAAUAAUCCUGCCAUCAGAGGCGGAUUUCACCAUCUCGUUGAACGUAGACCAGGAGAAUGCAGAGGCAGUGCAGAGAGUGAGAGAAGUGUAUGAGUUUAUGAUUGAUUCAUUUCUUAGAGAGUCUAGACAAUUCCACGACCAUCCACAGGCAAACGCAGAUGCUUUGGAAGUGGCUGAUCGUGUGUUGUCGGAAUUUAAAGCUGCGCUCCCUCAUUAUUCUCAAGCACUUACCAGGGAUGAUGUAGCCAACUGCUACAAGGUGAUUCAUGCAUUGCAAGCGCAAGAUGACGGAGCCGUUGGCUUGAUCUACACCGAUGCACCAUUGGCAGAAGCAUUAAAGCUGCAUUACCUAGAACUUGUAGACUCCAAGCCAUUGGAAGAGUUGACGGACGAGGAAAUCGCAACUUUGACUAAGGAAUAUGAUGUCUCCAAGGAAUGCUUACUUGAGUGGUUUAAAUUCUUUCAAUUGUUAGACGGCGUCCCUGAAUGGCCAGAUGCCAAUUGCUUAACUCCUCAGGCCCUAGGACAUAGAAAAUUGCUUGAGAAAAUAGGGAUGAUGCCAGCUUUCAGUGAGACUGAAAAGAGUUCUAACUCCAGUGGCGAGGGCCGUAAGAAUAGAACAUUCUCUACCAAGAGCAGUGAUAAAAACGGCAGUGAGAAGGACAAGAAAACCAACGGCAAGAAAAACGAUAAUAAAAAAGACGGAAGGAAAACCCUUGAAGUGGAUAUCUCUGCCGAUAAGAUCGCAAGGUAUGGGUUUGUUGCUGGAUCAGUCUUACUAGGGAUGUACAUCUUUUCAUCAUUAACCCUGGAAUCUAACCAAGAGAUAUCCUUCCAAGACUUUACAUCUAAAUUCCUUGCAAAGAACUUUGUCAAAAAGAUCACCGUAAUUAAUAAUAAAAUUGCAUCAAUCGAAUUGAAUGAGAAUGGACAUCAACAGUAUGGUCAAACUGCUGCAUUUUAUUUCAAUAUUGGGUCUAUUGAAGCGUUUGAAAGAAGUUUAAGCAGAGUACAAGAUGAAUUAGAAAUCCAAGAUCCUUUGAGAAUUCCAGUGAUAUUCGUCAGUGAGGGUAACGUAUCUAAGAUGCUUAUCAACUUUUUACCCACUUUAUUAUUCUUAGGAGCAAUCUAUUAUAUGAGUAAGAAGGCUACUAUGGGAAUGGGUGGGCCGUUAGGGUUCGGAAAGUCUACAGCAAAGAAAUUCAAUCAAGAAACUGACGUUAAGAUUAGAUUCAAGGAUGUUGCUGGAAUGAGUGAGGCCAAGGAAGAAGUAAUGGAAUUUGUGAAAUUUUUACAAAACCCUCUGAAAUACGAGAAGUUGGGUGCCAAGAUCCCUAGAGGAGCAAUCUUAUCGGGACCUCCAGGUACAGGUAAGACUCUCAUUGCUAAAGCUACAGCCGGGGAAGCCGGUGUGCCAUUUUAUUCGGUUUCCGGUUCUGAAUUCGUCGAGAUGUUUGUAGGUGUGGGUGCAUCAAGAGUCCGUGACCUUUUCAAGGUUGCAAGACAAAAUGCACCAUCAAUUGUCUUCGUUGAUGAAAUUGAUGCUAUUGGGAAACAAAGAUCUAAGGGUAAUGCUAGUGGUGCCAAUGACGAACGUGAAACUACGUUGAACCAAUUGUUGGUUGAAAUGGAUGGUUUUGAUACCAAUGAUCAUGUGGUUGUCCUUGCUGGUACUAAUAGAGCUGAUAUCUUAGAUAAAGCAUUAAUGAGACCAGGUAGAUUCGAUAGACACAUUGCAAUCGAUAACCCUGAGUUACUAGGCAGAAAGGAGAUCUUCCAGGUUCACUUGAAAAAGAUCAAGAUGGUGGAUAAUAUUGAUGAUGAUUUACCAGGAAGAUUGGCAGCCUUGACUCCAGGAUUCUCAGGUGCAGAUAUAGCUAACGUUUGUAACGAAGCAGCAUUGAUCGGUGCUAGGUUCAAUGCUGAAGCCGUAACUUUAAGACACUUUGAGUUAGCCAUUGAAAGAGUCAUUGGAGGUAUCGAAAAGAAAUCGAAAUUGUUGAAUCCUGAAGAACAAAAAAUCGUUGCUUACCAUGAAGCAGGACACGCUGUAUGUGGUUGGUACCUAAAGUAUGCAUCGCCAUUAUUAAAGGUUUCAAUUAUACCAAGAGGAAAUGGAGCACUUGGAUACGCUCAAUAUUUACCACCAGAUCAAUAUUUAUUAUCUGGAUUGCAAUUGUAUGAUCGUAUGAUUAUGACCUUGGGCGGAAGAGUAAGCGAAGAGUUGAAUUUCAAAUCCGUAACCAGUGGAGCUCAUGAUGACUUCAAGAAAGUCACUAAUAUUGCGCAACUGAUGGUUAUGAGAUACGGGAUGUCUGAUAAAGUGGGUAUGGUCAAUUAUGCUGAUACCAGAGAUUCUGACGAUUUAACCAAGCCAUUUAGUGAAGAAACCAAUAGGAUCAUUGAUGAAGAAGUUCAGAGAAUUGUUAGUGAUUGUUAUGAGAGCUGUAGACAAUUGCUCACUGAGAAGGCUGCACAAGUCAAACUAGUUGCAGAUGAAUUAUUGAAGAAGGAAUUCAUUACUAGAGAAGAUAUGAUUGCGUUAUUAGGUAAGAGACCAUUCCCAGAGACGAAUGAUGCAUUUGACAAGUAUUUAGACAACAAGCCAGCUUUCAAGAACGUUCAACCAAAUAACGAAAGGAGAGACUCUGACGUUGAGUAG